AUGCCAUCCUUCACCGCCGAUAACAUCCCCGAUCUUCGCGAUCAGGUGAUUAUUGUUACUGGAGGAAACGUCGGUCUUGGCUUCGAGACGAUACGGCAGCUCAGCAAACACAACCCAGCCCGAAUUUAUCUUGCAGCCAGGUCUCGAGACAAAGCCGAAAAGGCUAUCCAAGAACUCCAACAACAGAACCCUAAAACAACAAACAUCGUCUUCCUCGAACUUGAUCUAGCAUAUUUUAACAGCGUCAAGGCUGCCGCGGUCGAAUUCCUCAAGAAAGAAUCUAGAUUGGACAUACUCGUCAACAAUGCUGGCAUCAUGAUGACCCCCGAGGGCCUUACCAAGGAAGGGUAUGAGAUCCAGUUCGGAACCAACGUGAUGGGUCCAGCGCUGUUUACCCAGCUUCUGCUACCGGUCAUACGAGAAACGGCCAAGACGAACCCCGAGACGCGUGUCGUCAUGCUGUCUUCGAGUGCUCACGCCCUAGCCCCGAACGAUAUCUACAAGUUCGAAGAAAUCCGAACAACAAUGCCUAACCGAGCUACUACCCAACGAUACACCAUGUCGAAGCUUGCUGACCUCCAUUACGCCAAGGCUUUGGCAAAGCGAGAGAAACAAGUCAAGAUCGUUCCUGUCCACCCGGGGAUGGUUGCGACCAAUCUUCACCAUGCUUCCACCGGCAUGUUUCUCAAACCUUUCCUGUAUGCAGCCAUCUUCUUCGCCACGCCUGUGGAGAAGGGUGCCUUAUCGCAGAUCUGGGCAGCUGUGAGCCCUGACGCCAAGAGCGGGCAAUACUACGGUCCUACUGCUAAGGCGGAAUCUGGUUCGAAGCUCAGCCAGGACCGCGAACUUCAGGAGAGCAUUUACGGUUGGAUCCAAAAGGAACUCAAGGGGCAUGUGGAAACCAUUGACUGA